AUGAUUGAAUCAUUUAAAGAAGGGAAUGAUAUAAUGAAAGAUAUAAUGAACCUUCCAUCCGAUGAUUCUGAGGAUGAUGACUUCGAUCCUGAUGCCCUGACUCGUGAUGAAGAUAAAAUGCAAGAAAGUUCAAAUUCAGAUUAUUUAUCAGACUCGGAGGAUUCUGAAACUUCCUUCAAAGGCGAAGAAUCUAAGCUCCCAGAUGUUUCCGUUUCAGAGUCAGAUGCUGAGCUUGAUCAAGGUCUUGCAGAUGUUCCCGGAAGAAGGAAUGUUGAAAGGCUGGACUACAAAAAGCUGUAUGAUGAUGAAUAUGAGAAUGUUUCGUCAUCAUCGAGCGAUGAUGAAGAUUGGGAUAAAACUGCGGGAAAAGAAGAUUUCGAGUCAGCAGAUGAAGGGGUUACCGUGCCCUUGAAACAGUCUUCAGAAGCAGAGGAUCAUACUUCUACUAAGAAACCUAGACGGACAUCAAAAAGAGCAGACAAAAAGGAUACCUUGAAAGCCCCAGAAGAAAGUCCUAUAGAAAAUGGUUGUUCUGGCGAAAAAAGCAGCUCUUCAGCAUAUAAACAGACAAAUCCCAAGACUCAGAGAUUGUUUAAAACUUUUCAAGAGAAUCGAUAUCCAGACAAUGCCACAAAAGAGCUCUUAUCGAAAGAGCUACACAUGACAAUGAAGCAAGUUAAUAAUUGGUUUAGGAAUAGGCGUUCUUCGACUAGCAAACCUUUAGUCACAAUGGUUUCAAAGGAAGAUGUUGAAAAGUUAAGGACAGGUCAGAAGAAAGGUGAGACAUCUGUUGCUGGAAGUAGCAAACAAGCUAUGGAAACCGACUCCGUUGCAGAGAAUAAGGUAGAGAGGAGUAAAAUGAAGAAGGCGCUGAGAGUAUACGGCGGCGUUUUGAGGCUAGUGAGGCUUUUACCGGCGGACACGAGGCCGUACUACGCCAAGUACGCCAGAGAGAAUUUCGUUAAUUACCGUGAAGUCGACGUAAGCGAAACAUCCCUCGAAGAACUCUAUCAACGAGCUUACAAUCACUCACUCUGGGUACUCAAGAAGUAUUCGAUUGACGAAUCCACAGCGGAGAAGAUGAAAGAGAUCUGUUUUGAACAAUGA